AGUUUAUUUUUUGAAGGGGCGGUCGAUGAGUUUUUUAACUACAUAUGUUCCGUGCACGUCGUUAGGAUCAAAGUCAGAAACCCUAGAUUACCAAUAUCCACUACGUCUUCAUCUCUCUUGAUUGAUUCUACCACGUUGAUUUCACCUCUAAUUCACUUUACAAGCACUGUGUGUGGGAAUAGGAAUCUAUUUGUAACACAUGGGUGGACAAAGAAAUAGUCAUGGAAAGCGUCCACACUCGCAGUCAGACUACGACGAUAAUGGAAGAAGCAAGAGAAGAAGUAACGGUGACGACAGAGGGUACUCGUCAAUUGGUUCUGAUGAUACCGUAUAUCGAUACUUAUGUCCUAGUAAAAAGAUUGGAAGUAUAAUGGGAAGAGGCGGGGAGAUUGUUAAGCAGCUGAGAUCUGAAACCAAGGCGAAAAUUAGAAUCGGUGAGACGGUUCAAGGGUGUGAUGAACGUGUGGUCACUAUCCACAGUACGAGUGAGGAGACGAAUGAUUUUGAUAUGAAUGAUGACCGUGUGUGUCCGGCAACGGAUGCUCUGUUCAAAGUGCAUGACAGAGUUGUUGCGGAUGAUCAAGCUGCUGAAGUGGAUAGUGAUCGUGAGGAAGCACUGCAAGUUACGGUGCGCCUUCUUGUGCCAUCGGAUCAGAUUGGUUGUAUUAUUGGAAAAGGUGGACAGAUAGUUCAAACUAUACGAUCGGAUACCGCUUCUCAGAUUCGGAUCCUGAAGGAUAAUCACAUUCCCGCUUGUGCAUUAAGCAAUGAUGAACUUGUGCAGAUAUCUGGCGAACCGUCUAACGUUAGAAAGGCACUUUUCCAAAUAGCGGCUCGCCUUCAUGAUAAUCCGUCACGUUCACAGCACUUGCUUUCAUCAUCAACACCUAAUGUUUACCCGUCGGGUGGUUCACUUACGGGUCCGCCCGGAGGUGCACCGUUUAUGGGUUUAACUCAACUGGUCGGUGCUUACGGUGGAUACAAGGGUGAAGGUGGUUUCUACGCGGGUCCGAGGGACGAAUCUCCGCCAAAGGAAUUUUCUCUGCGUUUGAUCUGUCCAACUGCGAACAUCGGUGGCGUAAUCGGUAAAGGCGGUGCGGCGAUUAAUCAAAUUAGACAGGAAACCGGAGCGGCUAUCAAAGUCGAUAGUUCGAAAGCAGAGGCAGAUGAUUGCAUAAUAUCUAUUUCAGCCAAGGAGGUAUUUGAAGACACGUUUUCUCCAGCUAUUGAGGCUGCGUUACUGUUGCAACCGAGGUGCAGUGAGAGAAUCGUAUACGAUUCGGGUUUUGUCUCGUAUACUACUCGAUUACUUGUACCAUCUUCUCGGAUUGGAUGUCUUAUCGGGAAAGGAGGCGCGAUAAUCACGGAAAUACGGAGAAUUAGCAGAGCUAAUAUACGAAUCAUUUCGAAAGAAGAUCUUCCGAAAGUUGCUGAAGAUGACGAUGAGAUGGUACAGAUUUCUGCGGAAAUUGACCUUGCUAAGGAUGCGCUCUUACAAGUUAUCUCACGUUUGAGGGCCAAUCUUUUUGAAAGAGAAGGGGCAAUGUCGACUGUUGUUCCGGUUCUUCCGUAUCUUCCUGUGGCACCUGAUGUCCCUGAAGUUUCGAAGUAUGAUAGUAGGGAUUCUAAAGGUCAUGGGCGAGGACAUGAUGACUUGCCUGCUAUUGAUGCGUAUGGAAGCUACACUGGCUUGCAGGGACGCAGUGGCGGUGAAGCUUAUGGAGCCUAUGGCGGUUAUUCUUCAGGACGCAGCGGUAGUUCUGGGGGAUCAAGGCAUAACCCUGCUUCUAGGUGGAGGGAUUAUAAUUAUUAAAGUGUUGGUACAGGUUAGUGAAGCCAGCUGAAGCCUGAACCUGAAGCCAGCCUAAACCAGAAGACCCGUUCAACCGGCCCACCACACCACCAGCCACCUUACAUGCUUUUCUUAAGAGGACACCUAUUUUAGAGGACCACUGUUUGAAGUAAUUAUUUUACUACUACUAUUAUUAUUGUCCAUGUCCCGACACUACUACUACUUUACGUCUUUACCAAGCUUUCAUUUCUUGAUUCCAAAGAACCUGUGCCUUGAUCAGUGUUUCCAAUUUCCAAACCUUUUACACGUUGUAAUGCUCACUAUAUUGUUGCUUUAUCAUUAGUUCUUAGUUUUUUUUA